AACCACGUGGAAAAGGCCUCAAUUCAUCCGGGUCACAUCAUCCUCAUCACCAACACCAUCAGACAGAAAACCUAGUCACUACUGAAUCCUUACUUACCCUACUUCAUAGUCUACACAAUUCACGAUGGCCGUCCCCGAACCCUUACCCUCUGUCCUAAUAGUCAGCCACGCGCUAACGGGACACCUCGCGCCGCUAAUCCGCAUAGCGAGCGCCCUGCAUGGCCUCGGCUGGGAUAUCUUCUUCCUUGGUCCGACAGUGCAUAAGCACCGCAUCGAAGCCGCGGGCGCUGUAUUCAUCCCGCUGAUAGACGACGCGGACCUCGACGAUAAGUCGUAUUACGAGAAACCGCCGCUCCCCGACUACGCCGCCCUGCCGUGGCCCGAGCGUGUGCUAAUCGACCUGCGAGAGCAGUGUCUAAACCCGCUGCCGACGCAAUGGCACUGUUUCACUCGCGCGUUGCGUUUUGUGCAGGCGCGAGAUCCGGGGCGUGGGGUUGUGUUGCUUGCUGAGGCUUUCUUUUACGGGGUUCUACCGCUAUUUUAUGGUGCGCCAUUACCGCCACCGGACGAUAGCGUGGGGAAGCAGAGCUUAUGGGGGUCCGUAUGCGUCUCAGUAACAAUCCCGGCGAUUCGCAGCGCCGACCUGCCGCCUGCGGGGUAUCCCUUCUCAUUCGACGCCACCGCCACGGGGCGUGAGCGCAACGAGAAACUAUGGGAGCGGAGUUGGGCGCGGAAAGCGGGUGAUUUGACUGCGCUGUUAGACGGCAAAUUGCGAGACGCAGGCGCGAGUCGCGGGGUAAACCAGAUUUUCCUCUCGGGCGCGAAUUACACAUCCCACGAGACUAUCCUGCAGCUCGGGGUCCCGGGGUUCGAGUAUCCGCGCAGCGACUGGCCGCGGGGCUUCAAGUUCGCGGGGCUCGUCCAGGGACCAUCUAAAUCGUCCUCCGCCACGGCAAAACCGAAAGAUCCGUCAUUUGAUUGGUGGGGAGAGAUAGUUUCCAAUUCUGCCCUGGAUUUACUCCCUUCUUCGGACCCGCGACGUGCGCAGAAGAAGAAAGUGGUUGUCGUAGCUCAAGGGACCGUGGAAAUUAACCCCUACGACUUGAUUAUACCUACGAUACAAGCUUUUUCUUCGCGCGAAGAUGUCCUCGUAGUUGCUAUUUUGGGAUGGAAAGACGCUAGCUUAUCUACUUACGAUCACAGUCUAAAAACCCCACCCAACGCUCGUAUUGCCGACUACUUAUCUUAUGAUGCAGUGCUCGCGCACGCGGACGUUUGGGUCCACAACGCCGGCUUCGGCGCCGUGAAUCAUGGAAUCGCGAACGGGGUACCGAUGGUUGUAGCGGGAGAAGGCAUGGACAAGACCGAGAACGCACGGCGAGUGGCAUGGUCCGGAAUCGGCGUUGAUCUACGUUGCUCAACGCCGUCCGCCGAGCAAGUGCGAGAGGGUGUCGAGCGCGUACUAAAAGGUGAGCAAUUUACAAAAAAUAUACAUGAGCUACGGAGGCAAAGCGAGGAGAUAGACUGUUUUACCAUGAUUCACGAAGAAUUACUUAGAGUAGCAGAAACACGCCCCGGC